GCGAUGCGUUGAGAAACCCGGUAACAGCACCGAAGAAGACCCGUGUCCUUCACAACAGCUGACAUGGCUACUGCUACUAAAUUCAUUCAGAGGCUGCGACAUCUUUUAUCAGGGCGCGACCUGCAAGCCAAACUGCAGCUGCGAUAUGAGGAGAUUGCGAAGAGGACACAGCCACCACCCAAACUGCCAGUAGGUCCGAGCCACAAGUAUGCCAGCAACUACUACUACAGCAGAGAUGGACGCAGAGAGUCAGUCCCCCCCACACUCGUGAUGUCUUCACAGAAGGUGCUCACUGCUGGCAGUCAAGUUGCUGAGGCCUCAAAGCUUCCAGUGACUCCGGGUGCUGUGUAUAAAGAGCCACCGAUCUCCACAGACCAGCCGUACCUCUGAGCAGCAGGAUGAGAGUCUGCAGUAUCAGCAUCAUGUCUCCCUCCUGGAUCUUGUACAAUAGAACAUGUGAAUAAAAUGUGUUUAUAUGUUUCAGCUCAUGAUUUUGGUCAUGUACUCAAUAUGUGAAAUGGAUGUAGAGAGUAAGUGAGAGAAGUGAGGAGCUGAACAUUCGGCUGAACCUCUGCUCUUCCUCCCACAAUGACCGUUCAGCCUCACAAAGCCCAUCAGUAAAUAUGUGUUCAUGUGGCCCAGUUUGGAAAAAGCAAACACUGGCUUGUAGUGUUAAUACCCCAAAUGUUCCCAUUCUAUUAAAAGGACACUUCAGGAAGUCCUGUGUUUCA